CUGUUGGUGGUAUUUUGGCUCCCUCUAGUGGGGCAUGGAAAGAGACUUCCUUUUGUUUAAUGGAUGUAGUGGAUGCUGUUAAAACUGAUGGUUUACUGCCAUUUUUUUAUUGAGGUUUAUCACGGGAAAAUAAGUUUGAGAUUUACCAUCCGGACUCGUCCUCUAAAAUAAAUAAAAAUGAACGGGAAAUGUACACUCAGAUCUUUACUCUGAAUGUACAUCGCUUCUACUUCCGCCUCUCUAGCCGAACGCGGGUCGUCGUUCCCAGACGAACACGCUUCGCCUUGGUCGUAGAACCAUAGGAGAGAACAACAUGAACUCUAUGGAGAAGAAAUUAGCCGAGCUGGUCCGAGGUUACCCGAAUUUGUACAACAAGACCAACCAGGACUACAAAGACGCUUUAAAGAACCAUAUAUCGUGGAAAGAAAUCGCAAGCGUCAUGGGGAAGUCGGAAGAAGAGGUCAAAAUAAAAUGGAAGAACCUCCGCGACAAGUACUGCAAAGCGAAGAAGCGAAUGGCAAGGAGAAGAAAAGGACAGCAGACUGACGGAGAAGAGAACCAGGUCGAGCGGCCCGUCCCAGCGUUGUACCAGCAACUCCAGUGGCUCAACAGUUAUGUCAAACCCCGAGUGGACAGCAGCGCGAAUAAAGACGAGGUUGUUGCAAAUCUGGAUGACAUGGAGACAGAGCAGGACAAAGACAAGAAGGACCAGGACCCCCCCACUCCUGUAGUUAGUACCAGUUUUCCUCUGUUGGAGCUGAGUCCAACCAAACAGCAGGAGACUAGUGUGUCUCUGAAACGUAAAAGACAAGGCGUCUCAGAAACGGAGGUCAGUUCUGUGGACAUCCCCGGCACCAUCAGAGAUGAAGAUGAACUGUUUCUGCUCAGCCUCCUGCCUUCAAUAAAAAGACUCACCAUUAAGAAAAGGAUUGAGGUGCGGAUGAAGUUCCAACAGGUUCUCUAUGCUGCAGAGUUCGAGGACUGAAAAGCUCAGCUUCUUUUUUUUAAUUUUUAAUAGAUUUUUAUUGCAUUUGUACAGCUCUUAUAUAUAUAUAUAUAUAUGUGUGUGUGUGUGUAUAUAUAUAUAUAUAUAUACACACACAUAAAUUUCACAAUGAAUUAGCUUAAGAUAAAAACAUUAAAAUGCUGAUUGUUAUUAAUAUUAUUAUUAUUGAAGCAAAUACAUGGCAAACCGUUAACUACAAACAAUAUAUUUGAGAAUUUAACUCAGCUUCAUUGGCCAUUUACUCUCUGUUCAUUCAUAAUUUCAGAUCCUGGUUUGAUUCAUUCACUUCCACAUGUGUGAAAGCCUGGUUUCUGUUGUGUGUGUUUUCAUCCCAUCUCCCUCUCCCCUGUCUGUUUUUAUAUCCGUGAAAGCUUCGACCCUCCUCCUCUCUCUUCCUCCUCCUCUCAUUGUGCCGUGCUGCUCCCUCUCCCUCCCCAUCUCCCCUUCUCUCUCUCCUCCUGCAACUUUUCAUUGGAUGCUGUGUGGGGUGAUGGUUGUGGUCUCUCCUGGAGAUGUCUCCACAAU